AUGAAAAAAUAUACUACGUUGGAGGAAUUAGAUCCAAAUUGUGCGGUUGUCUUCAGCAAUGAACAUCACAACAAGAAAAAUUUAUUAGCAUUGUGUGAAGCAUUCACUAAUGAGAAUAAUGUUUCGAUAAACAUGAGAUUUGAACAUGGUUAUCAACCAACGGCUGAUUAUUUGUUCUUACGUGUAGAUAGCCCAGAUAUUGAUGUUUUUUUAACUACUAGUAUUAAAGAAUUAAGUUUUGUUCAGGAUAUUAUACCAUUAUAUGAUACGGAAAGAUCCAAGAAAUUAAAUUGGUUGUUCGAUAAAACAUUCAAGAAAAAUAUAAAAGCUUUACCAAGUGAUGAUGAUUUAAAAAUUCUAACCAAUUUAACCAAUUAUCCAAAAAUAUCCUUAUAUUUUGCAUUUUUCAAAUAUUAUAAUAAAUGGUUAGGAUAUUUAGCUAUACCAGGUAUUUUCGUUUAUUACUAUUCUAAUGGUAAUUCAUGGGAAUUCAAUAGAGGAUUUACCAUUUUGAACGUCCUUUGGUCUAUUGCAUUUAUUACCUCAUGGAUUUAUAACAAACAAUUAUCAUAUGAAUCCCUGUUCGGUUCAUUUAAAUCAGUUUAUUCCAUAAUUGGGUUACCGGAUGGUUCAACUCCAGCUAAUUCUGUGACUUCAAGAACAUUCAUGAAUUUAUUGUUUGUCCCUAUCGUUGUUUUGUUUGGGGUUCUACUUGUAGCGUCCCAGUUUGCAUGUUUUCUAUUGGAAAUAUAUUUGACUCAAAUAUACAAUGGUCCAAUGGUACCACUAUUAUCAUUAUUGCCAACCAUAUUGAUCUCUGUAUUUGUUCCAGUCAUAUCCGUAAUUUAUAAUAAGGUAUUUGUUGAACCAUUUAUUACUUUAGAAAAACCAACUAAUAGAGAAAAAUCACGUAUUGAAAAAAAUUUCAUGAUUAAAUUCUGUUCAAGUUAUAUGCCUUUACUAAUCACUUUGUUUAUUUAUCUUCCAUUAAGUUAUCUUUUCACACCAGAGACGAAAUUAGAAUUGGGUUUAAGAGGAUUCCCAGUGAAGGCUGCAGAUUAUAUUGUAAACACUGAUCGUCAUCAAUCUCAGUUUUUCUAUUUUAUAGUCACGAACUCAUUCAUCCUCUUUGCCACGGAUAAUAUUGUUCCUAUAAUCUUGAACCGCCUAACUGCGAAGGCAGUCGCAAGAAAAGAAGGGAUGAAACAACAUCAAGCCACCGUCGAGGCCAAAUUGACCCGCCAUGGCAGUAGAGACAUGGACAUCUGGAGCAUCGUUAAGGGUUAUCAAACCAGCGCCUGGGGUGAAUUCGAUGCAGACCUCAACUUCCAGAAACUUGUCCUUCAAUUUGGGUAUGUAGCCAUGUUCACCACCAUUUGGCCAAUUGCACCAGCUAUCCUAUUUGUAUUCAAUGUCAUUGUAUUGAAAGUAGACUACUGGAAGGUAACCAAUGCUAGCAAACCUAAACUAAUUCCUGGUGUGCUUGAUAUGGUCAGUACCAUGCCAUCGACAACUACUAGAGGGAUCGACAUCACUAGGACAAACACAGAGAUGGCUCCAUGGAAUGGUCUAUUACGUAUCAUCGUUUGGCUAAGUACACUAGUGGCUCCUACAUUGACAAUAAUGUAUCGUUCAUGUUAUUUACCAGGUGUUGGUGGGACACCAACUUUGAAUAUCAACAAGGACAUGGAAAGUAAAUGGUAUAAUCAUAAUCCAAUAGUUUACAAAUGGUCCACCAUUCUUCUUACUGCGGUAAUUACUGAGCAUAUCGGUAUUGCCAUAUACUUUACCUUGAGAAAUAGAUAUAUGUCAAUACUUCAACCAGUUAUAAUGGGAGGUUUUGUUCCUACCAUGAAAGGGGAAAUCAAUUAUGCCAAUGAGAAACAAGUAGAAAUUGAAACUGUAGAUGAAUUAGCGCCAAGAACCCAAAUCAAUGAGUUUAUCAAUGAGACUAAUGAACUAAUCCAUAGAGAGAUCAAACGUACAGAGCAAGAACAUCCUAAUGAUAUAAAGGAGAAAUCUCCAUCUGUUGGGGUCUCAUCAUCUGAUUCUAGUUCUGAUACAACGUUACCUCCAACCUCCACUACACCACAACUUUUGAAAAGUACUCCAAAUUUAGAUUUACAUAAAGUAUCAUCUGUUGAUUUAAGAGCACCAAUUCAGGAUACCAGUAAACUUGGUAGUUCUGAUUCUGAAAUUGCUGGUGCUACUGUCCCAAAGACGAUCCCUACAUCUAAAAACUUCGACUUUAGAAACCUUUCUGAACAAGCCACUGUAAUACCAUCAACGUCAUCAACGUCAACGUCAGUAUCGUCAGCAUCCCAAUCUUCAACGCCACAGAAACAGCCACCACCACCAGAACAACCUAAGGCAUCUACACCAUUGAAGAAUAUCAUUGCAACAGCGAAAAGCAAUAAGCCUCUGGAGGACACCACUAAGACAAACACUGAUAAAAUUACCGUUCCACAUAGAAGUAAUACGAAGAAAUCAGUCAAGAAUCAGUCAUCCUCUUCCAGUAAGCCUGCUACUAUAGUGGUUACCGAGAGUAAAAAGGGAACCAAAGAUGCAUUACCACAACCACCGAAUGUCCAUAAGACUGCGCAGCAAACUACAGCGUCAUCCAUCCAGUCGUCGACCAAGGAUACUCAAAGUAACAACUCCGGUGCUAGACGUAAGCAAGAUGUUACCGUAGCCAGACCGACCAGCAAGAAAACAAGACCUAAAUCCAUGGUGAUUGCAGAUCCGCAACAUCAAACCGACAUAGAAAAGACAAAGAAGAAGAAACGUGGUAUCCUGGGUAAGAUUAAGAAUGUUCUAUAA